AAGACAACCACACAAAGUUUCACCACAUAUUGUAAAUUAAGUGAUAUCUUACCUAAACGACCAACAUUAUUUCUCCAAAUAACUUUGGAUCAUUAAAGUUUAUAUUGCCCAAACAUGCCAAAGAAAUUUAAAGGAGAGAAUUCUAAGGCAACUGUAGCCCGAGACCGGAAAGCUGCAGAAAGGGCGGAGCAGCUGGCAAAGAAAGAGGCUGCGGAGGAGGACGCUGCCUGGGCAGAUGAUGAUAAACAUAUUGCCAGGAAACAGCAAAGAAAGGAGGAUAAAGAGAAAAAGCGAGUUGAGCAGUUGGAGCGUAAAAAGGAGCUUGCAAAGAUGGCAGAUGAGGAGCUUGAGGCCAUCAAGGCGGCCAAACCCCGCGCUGCCCAGAAACUCACCCGUGCACAGAUAGAGGCGGAGCAGGAACGACAACGCCAGGCAGCUGUCACAGCAGCAGAAAAGGAGAAGCAGCUAGUUCACACAGAUCAGCCCCUUGAGGAUAACUUCAACCGACUCAAGAUGGAGGGCGACCAGGCCCAGACAGUGGAGGAGGCCAUCAGUGUUCUCAGUGUUUCAGAUCCAGAUUUAGAAAAACAUCCUGAGAAAAGAAUGAAAGCAGCCUUCCUAAAAUAUGAAGAGGAGAAUCUGCCUAUACUUAAACAAGAGAACCCCAAUAUGAGAUUAUCUCAGCUGAAACAGAUGUUGAAAAAAGACUGGAUGAAAUCUCCGGAAAACCCCAUGAAUCAAAGAACUGCGGCAUUUAAUGAAAAGCGAUAGCAGUGCUACAUUGUGUCGAUGGUGUUUGUUAUUUAUGCUGUGCAUUGAAGUGCAUCGGAAGUGCUGCAUACAAAAGUGCUGGUGAUUCAGUUUUCAGAUAGUGGUCAGGGAUCACACCUCUGAUUGAUGUGGAUAAUAUAUGCUAAAAUAUCCCACAAUAUGCCCGUUGAAUAGCAUAGCUUCAGUGUUUUAAAACCUUAAAAACUUUUUGUGUCAGUUAUUUCAGAGAAAAUGAAAGAAUAAGACUGAGCCAACAAUACUGAACUUUUAGAAUAUCUUGAAACCAGUCUCAUUGUUUUGUUUGUAUUUGUUUGACAAAAAUCAUGUUGUAGAAUAGAACAGUGUAUUUGAACAUCAGAGAUGAUAGUAAAUUCUGUUUAUUUUGCAGAUUAUGUUUUAGUUUUAAAUAAAGAGGAGAGUCUUCUGUUACAAAAAAAUAGUGAAAUUUGUAUAACAGGUAACGGUAAAGCAAAUCUCAAACUACUUUUAAACGAAUGUCCAGGUUAUGGAUUGAUACGUUAUUGCAAUGAGAGUUGUCAUCAUUUGUAUGUUUAAGAGUUUUAUAAUUGCAGUAUUUUCCUGUAUCUGAUAGAUACCCGGUACUUAUUUUUUGCUUUAUUCCCCUUUACGAUUAUGUUUUAUAAAGAAAGUAGGUAUCUUCCCACUGUAAAUGUUACUAGGGAACUGUUAUAAAUAAAAGUGUCUGUUCAAAAAUUUUGUUUGAAUUAUACCAUCAACUGAUAUACAUUUCCAACUCUUUAUGAUAGUAGACAAUGGACUUUUUUUUAAGUCCUAUCUACCAUACAUGUAGUUCUACUGACUAAGGCUGCACAGGACAAUCAUUCGAUUUGUUAAAAAAGAAGAAUGUUGUUUAAUUAAAAUCCAUUGAGCAAUUUAGAAGUUACGCUUUGGAGAAGAAAAAGUAAACAAGAGGGCCAAGAUGGUUCUAUAUCGCUCACCUGAGUAAAACUUUGUGCUAUAGACUUGUUGAUAAUUAAAUGGCAAUAACAGG